AUGGCCCACGAGUUUACUGAAGAACAGAUUGAAGAAUUCAAGGAUGCCUUCGAACUCUUCGACAAGACCGGCGAAGGAAUGAUCAAGUACGGCGAGUGCGUCAACCUUGCCCGAUGCUUCGGCUACAACCCAUCUGAAUACUCCGUCCUCCUCCUCCUCUGCGGCGGUGACGAGGAGAACUUGCCAAGCAAAGAAGACAUGGCCACCAAAUCGCUCUCCUUCGACGACUACUUGCCAAUUCUCUGGGCCAUUUCUAACUCCACCGAUCCCGGAAGCUACGAGGACUUUUUGGAGGGUCUCAAGGUCUUCGACAAGGACGGCAACGGAACUGUCAACUCUGCCGAACUCCGACACGUCCUCACCUCUCUUGGUGAAAAGCUUACCUCCGCCCAGUUUGAUCAGCUCACCGAGGGUAUGGAGGGUCCCAACGGCGCCAUCAACAUUGAGGAGUUCAUCAAGAAGAUGAUGUCUGAUUCCGAUGAAGUCGAACCUGCUGCUGAAUAA